AUGCACGUCUCAGCUUUCCUUGCUCUCGCGGUCGCGAGCCUCUCCGCCGCACAAAGCACCACAGGAACAUUAUCGGGCUGCGGAUCCCAGGUUGAUCUAAUCAUUUCCACCUGCCUUUCCACCACCCAGCCUCAACUGCAAGCUUGCACUGCGAAUGACUGGGACUGUUUGUGUGCGGCCAGCGAAACUAUACUCACUUGCUACAACAACUGCCCAUCAAGUCCCGAUCGAUUCGGUCACGAACAAACCAAAGUCGCGAACUGCAAUGCUGCGUCGGCCUACGGAACUGCAACAAAGGCCACGGCCACGGCUUCAUCGACGGGAUCGUCCUCUUCUGUCGCAGCAACCACCACAAGCACCGCCAGCGAAUCUUCGACCAUGACCGACUCUGCUUCUGCAUCCAGUGCAACCGCUUCCGAAACCGGCGCCGCUGUUGCAAAUGCUGCUGUCCCCGCUGGUGGGAUUCUCGCUGCCAUGUUCGGCCUUGCUGCUUUGCUAUGA